AUGGCAUUCUUCCCACGAACCUUUUACAAUAACCAAGAUCGCUCCUUCACACCUCUGUUCCGUCUGCUCGACGACUUUGACAGCUACUCUCGUCAGCAGAACCCAAAGGCCAGUCGUCACUGCUCAGUCCGACAAUGGCAGCCAAAGUUUGACGUCCGCGAGACCACGGAUGCCUAUGAGCUUCAUGGUGAACUUCCUGGCGUGAGCAAGGACAAUGUCAAUAUUGAGUUCUCUGAGCCUCAGACCUUGGUUGUUCGAGGCAAGGUCGAGAGAUCCUAUACCGCUGGCACUCCCCCAGCAGGCCAGGUUGAGGACACUGCAAUGAGCGGCGCUCUCCCCAAUGCCGCUGAGGAGCCUAAGAAUACACGAAAGGCUACUGUUGAAGAUGAGGAGGACGAAGAAUGGUCCAACGCAUCACACUCCCGCCCCGGAACGCCAACUACCACCACAGCGGAAAUUGAAAAGCAGCCUGAGCCCGAGGAGAAGAAGGUCGCCGACAAAGCCAAGUACUGGCUCACAGAGCGCAGCGUUGGCGAGUUUUCUCGCAGCUUCAACUUUCCCAACCGUGUCGAUCAGGACGGAGUGACUGCCAACUUCAAGGAUGGCAUUCUGUCCAUUGUCGUGCCAAAGGCUAAGAAGCACGAAUCCCGCCGCAUCGCCAUCAACUAA